AAGGGCGGAGAGAAGGAAGCCUGUGAGGGGACGGUGAGAAUGACAGUCGGUUGUGACUUAUAGUUUUGCUGUAUAUAUUAUCGCACGCACCCCGCACUCCUCUGGAUUCUGAAGUCGUCUGUACCGAGUCCUGCCUCAACACUGAACAGAGCAGAGGGUAUCUACCACGUGGUUAAAUCUGCACUUUGGACAAAUCUGCCUCCCGGCCAGUCGGGGUUGUCCGACCCACCGAAGGUGGCACGAGCCAUGCAUCAGGAGUGAGGGGCGUUCAGAGAGGGGCAAGCGCACGUCGGUUGAGGAGGAGGUCGUGUUGAGAUGAAGCUCAAACAGCGCCUGGUGGUGCUGUGUGUCGUGCUUCUCCUGCUGGGCCUUGCCAAGAUAUUCCUUCUCGAUGGAGGCGAAGGCUCUGCGUCCAGUCGGCGGGACCUCAGGGCGUUUCGUAAGAUGGAAGCCGGUCUUGUUUUGUCCCGUGGAGCCCGUCUCACACACACGCUGCAGUCUCCUUGGGAGAUAGCGAGUCAGUGGGUGGGUCCCAGAGAGGUGUACCCCGAGGAGACUCCAGAACUGGCUGCGGUGCUCACGGCCCUCAGCAGCGCCCGGAUCGAACGGGCCGACGUGGGUUACAAAGGCACUCAGCUGAAAGCCCUGCUUGUGCUUGAUGGCGGGCAGAAGGUCGUCUUCAAACCCAAAAGGUACAACAGAGACUACGUUGUUGAGGGCGAACCAUAUGCAGGCUACGACAGGCACAAUGCAGAGGUGGCAGCCUUUCACUUGGACAGGAUCCUGGGCUUUAGGAGAGCACCUCUGGCGGUGGGACGAUACAUCAACCUGCGCACAGAGAUUAAACCCGUGGCCACGGAGCAGCUGCUGAGCACUUUCCUAAUGCAGGGUAACAAUACAUGUUUCUAUGGAAAGUGUUACUACUGUCGAGAGAGUGAGCCGGCCUGUGCAGAAGGUGAGAUAAUGGAGGGGUCGAUAACCCUGUGGCUGCCUGACGUCUGGCCUUUGCAGAAACACAGACACCCCUGGGGUCGCACAUACAGAGAAGGAAAACUGGCCAGGUGGGAAUACGACGAGAGUUACUGCGAAGCAGUGAAGAAAAUGCCGCCGUACGAUGCAGGGCCGAGGCUCCUGGACGUGAUAGACACUGCCAUAUUUGAUUAUCUGAUCGGGAACGCCGAUCGACAUCACUACGAGAGUUUCCAGGACGACGGCGGUGCCAGCAUGCUCAUCCUGCUUGAUAACGCAAAGAGCUUUGGAAAUGCCGCUGUGGAUGAACGCAGCAUCCUGGCGCCUGUGUACCAGUGCUGCAUGGUGCGGGUGUCCACGUGGAACAGGUUAAAUCUGCUCAAAGGCGGAACCCUGAGCUCAGCCGUGCGUCAGUCUCUGGCGUUUGACCCGAUUCACCCAGUCCUGGCCGAGUCACACUUGGCGGCGCUGGACAGACGUCUGUCCGGAGUCAUCGCAACUGUGAAGCAGUGCAUCGAGAGUCAGGGCUCGGAUAACACUCUAAUAGAGGACAGAAUGAACCUCCCACAUCCCUGAAGGCAACGGAGGAAGAAAAAAAGACACAGCCAGAAGCUGGAGACUUUCUGAGCCCGAGGAGGACAAGGGGGAUUGUGGGAAUUGCUGAGCAAACUGAACUUUGCUGCCGGUUCAACGAAAACAGAAGGUUAGUAAAUGAAUGGAUGAGGUGCAGCAGAGACUGAGCGCUCUCUCAGCCCGUUCCCACCUCUGUUUCCUGCUCAUUUCCAAGUGUUGAUUUCAUGACGUAAAACUUGAAUCUCAGGACUUAAAAAAAAGGAGCAACUGCUGUAAGAACCUCCUCCAUCUGCUACUGCUGGUCGUGAGGACCUGCCUCCCUGUGCCAGGUCCUCACUCCGACUCCGACUCCAGCUUUUGUUCUCUGCAGAGAAAAAAAAAGGCAAAGACGCAGGAGCCUCAGAGGAGGGAGGAACGAGGAGGAGGAGUAAUAUGAGCCAUCGACGUACAAGUACCAGAAUCUAACUUUCAUCCUGCUUAAAGCUAGCAGGUGGAGAAACUGAAAAGCUGUUUUCGGACUGCGACGUCCUUUUUUCCUUAUGUAUAUUUAAUAACGUAGACGUAGAAUAAUUGGAGACGAGAAUAUCGGUUUGUGAAUAGUAAUAUUAAAGAAACCUAAAGUGUGUGUGUGAGAGAGAGAGUGUGUGUGUGUGUGUGAGCACCAAGCCUUUGAGUUGUCCAAAAAACAAAUUACUUCCACACACAACUAAACUGUUUUUUCAAUGAAAUUUUUUUUAAUUGAAUAUAGGAAACAAGGUUUAAUAAAAAAAAACAUAAUUACAUUAUUGUUAAUGAAUC